GUGUAAUAGUUCUAAUAUUUUUUUGUUAUAUUUAUUAAGAUAAUAUAUUCUCUUUUUCCUGUCUUGUUUUACUUUUAUUGUGGCAUAUAAAGCCAUCGCGCUCUCUACUGCUAUUUCGAAUUUGUAUCGUUUAUCAUUGAAGCUAAAAAUUAAAGGUACAAGAAGAUAAAUGAUAUAAUAUUGAAAAGAAAUAAUAAUUCAAUUUAUUAGGCGGAUUUGAUGAUGUCUUCGAUCAAGAUAUGCGACAAACUUGGAUGACCACAAAUCCCGUUUACCACAGCAAAUGAUUAAUAACUUGCAAAAAAAUCUAAAAUCUUAAUAGAAAUAAUCACUGCUUUAGUAUACUAUAAAUCUACUCUCCGUUCACCGUCUCAAAGAGACGUUUUAAAAUCUGUCUUCACCACCAAAAUACCUUUGAGGUUGUCCAUAUCAUUCGACGGGGCGUAAGUAUGAGCAAAUUGCCUACUCCAGCUCCGCUUCAAAUGAAAGAAAACGAUUGGGAGACAGGCAACUCACAUAGGAAUGCGAUGAAUUUACCACCACUUCCACAAGAAGAUGGAAUUCCAUCUAUUCCAAGGUCAGCGGCCCUUCCGAAUUUAUCUACCAGACUUUCUCCCUAUUCCAAUAAGAGUUAUGUUGGUUUAUCUGAAAAUGAUUCACGGACUUUAGAAGUACUGAACAAUAUUUCCAUAACAGUCAGUUCCAUAAUCAACCAAAUCAAUAAACUAUUUCAAAGGAGUAAAGAUAAUGCUUCGUUUCUUCAAGAAUUGCAAACGGUAGUUAAGAGAUUGUCUGAUACUCCCUUUCAAAAUAUGGAAUCUCAAAAAUCUGUACAAGAUCUUCAUUACCUUUUAGAAAAACAAUCAUCUUCACAGAAUCAUCAGGUAUCCGAGCUUGUGAAAGACAUGAACAAAGCUACAAGUUUGGAAAUCCGGAAGGAAUUAGGUGUUUGUCUUGCUCAUUUAAAAAAAGGAGCCCUUGACAUCGAUCAAGCUCUGCAGGCUUCUUUACAAAAACAGUCAAAUGAAGUAUCAUCUUUUCGAAGCACGAAUGAAAACCUCAAUUUGUUACAAGGAACUCUGCAGGGUAUUUGUGACAAUUUACAACAAGUGUUUCCUUCUCAAGAAAAAUGGGAUAAUAUCAAUGCAUCUCUUAUUGAAAGAAAUACCGAAUUGGAUUCCCUUACAACGAGAAGUGCUGAAUAUAUAAAUCAAUUGCAUACUAUUACCCAAAAACUGAUGAUUACCAACGAAGCUACAGACGUACAGAGGGAUUUAAUAACCAAAUUACAGAAAUUCAUGUGCAAUCAAAAAAAUGAAGACGAAUGGUAUCAAAAGCAAAGCUUAUUAUACGAAAAUUGGAAAGAGAUGGUGGCUUCUCACCAAAAUGAUUCUGAUUUGCUUCACAAAUUCCAUACAACUUAUGAAGAUCUUGAAAAGCUUGUGAAUAGCUUUUCAUUAUUGGCUAAUGGCGAAUUUGCUCACAAGAUCGAAGAUUUGAAAGCGGGUCACGAAAACGUUAGUAAUAUUCUGAGGGAAAAUACGCAAGUCCUUCUUAAUGUCCAACAAAAUCUAGGUUCCUUUCGAGAUUAUCCAAAUAAAAAUACUGACUUUUCGUUAAAACAAGAAGAAUUAGUCACGAAGCUCCAAGCUCUAAUCGAUCGUUUGUUAUAUCCCAGCAGUUUUAACGUAGAAGAAAUUCAGACCCCAGCAUUAUCGACCGGUGAAAGUCUUUAUGAUAUUCUGGCCCUCCUCCACAGAAAAUUGUAUGUUGAAAAACCUAAAGAAAGUGCUACAGAGAAUCUCAAAAGUAUUACCACCGACCUCAAUAAUUAUCUUGAAACUCUUAAGAAUGAGGUAUCCAGAAUGUCUUCGCUUUACACUGGGUCAUCUUUCUCUUCAAAGACUCUAAGUCUCCUAACUGCAAAUGACGAGCAGAUGCAAAAAGAAGUCGAUAAAGAGAAUAAUUCUCCGGAACUGAAGAAUGUAAACAAAAAUAAUCAGGAACUCCAUGAGCAUCUGAACUCCACACUAGCCCUUAGAAACAAUACACUUUUAGAUAAUAUCGCGAAUUUGGAACUUAAAGAAUCUUCACUAGUUGAAAAAAUCCACAAGUUGGAACUCUCCUACACGCAACUAAAUAUGGACUAUGAUAAGGUUCGAAGUCAUUAUAACUCAAAACAGACUGCUGUCCAAGAACUUGAGAAUAGAAGUAUCCGUCUCGAAGAACGGCUUCGAAUGCUACAAAAAUGGUCCACUAAUUCACUCGCACAAGAGAAUACAAAUGCAUUUUCCGAACCGAUUCCUCGAGUGGUAACUCCUCCACCUGUUGAUCAAACAAGUUUAACUAAUAAGAAGAAGCGUGUUCCUUACAAUACGGCUAGAAAUUCUACGAAUUUAGAAACGUUGGAUCAGCAAAGAACACCGAAUAAGAGGUUUUCAUCGUUUUCUGGCUCUUCAAAAGUGAUGAAUCGUCCGGCGACGGCAUCAUCCGAUAAAAGAAAACCAUCUUGGUCAAGGCGUUUUGUGGUUGCAUUAGGACUAGGUCCUCACUCAGAAGAAAAGGAUGCACAUCCAAAAAAUUCCCCGACUAGCAAAAAAUUAUCUUCACCUUCUACAAACCGCAGUUUUAGCUCUAAAAUGUGAAAAGCUGCUUGUCCCAUACGUUCUUUUGUUCACUAUAUCGCUCGACUACUAUUCAGUCGCAAUCACAUUAACUAUGACAUAGUUUCUGUGUGUAUUUUAUUCAAUGUCUGAGACAAUUCGGCCAUGAACACGCUCCUUUACUGUUUGGGAACAAGUUUUCGGAUUCAAAAGGUUGACAUUUAAUAAUUUUUAGAUAAAUAUUUAAUUUUCAUAAUAUUGCUAAAAUGUAUUCCAGAAGCAGCACAA